GCAGCGGCAGCGGCAGCGGAUCUGGCGGGACGAGUUAUGAGCACGCCGUGCCUCGGCCGGAGAACGAAGCCGAUCUUAUCUUAGAGCCGCGAAUGACACGAUUGCCAUAAGAAUGCGGUUGCCAACGGGGAACAAUAGCCGCCUGAGCCUCUUCCUGUUCCUGCUCCUGCUCGGCUUGCUCGCCCCCGGCUCCUACUGCCUCGAGGUGAUAUACGCGAUUAACGCGGGCGGCGAGUCGCACACGGACAGCUAUGGGAUACAUUAUGCUAAGGAUCCCCUCAUGGGAAAAAUCGGCACGGCCUCCGAUUACGGUAAGCAGCUGAUCAUAGGGCGUAUCGGCAACGUGGACCAGAUACUGUAUCAAACCGAGCGCUAUCAUCACAACACCUUCGGUUAUGACAUCCCGAUCAGCCAGGACGGGAACUAUGUUAUGAUACUCAAGUUUUGCGAGGUGUACUUCAACUCGCCGAACAUGAAGGUCUUCGAUGUCGUGCUGAAUGGUGAUCACACCGUGGUCACUGAUUUGGACAUCUUCGAGAGAGUCGGUCGAGGUGUUGCACAUGACGAAUACGUUCCAUUCAGGGUUCAAGAUGGAAAGUUGAUAUACAACGAUGAAGAAUCAGACAUUCUUGCAGGGAAGAUAAGAGUAGAAUUUAUUAAGGGCUAUAGGGACAAUCCAAAAAUAAAUGCCAUAGCUGUAGUGAAAGGUGUCUUGGAUGAUGUACCUCAAUUGGGACCGAUACCGCCAGAUCCCGAAGAUUAUCACGGUGUGCAAGAAGAGGAGGAGGAGAUCACCGUACGUAGCAGACACACGAGUGGGCCUAGGACACCCGACCCGUACUUGAUAGACGAUUCGUCUGUAAUGUUACCUGUUUUUGUAGCCAUCGGCGCUUUUAUUCCAUUAUUGUUCUGUUUAUGUAAAUUAUAAGCGAACACACGCACACGUACAUAGAAAUGCCUUGUACUUAACGGUAACAGUGUUCCCGAUUAUUUAGGCUCGCUCAAUCUACAAGAGGAUGUCUAAAUAGUGUAAAUAAAUAAUCAUUUAUCUAAGCUCCUCUGCAUUGCCAGAUUUAGUGUGCAUGUGUGUGUGCGUGAGAGAAUAUUUAUUAUUAAUUUAUAAAUAUAAUAUGAUGUGGGAUAUGCUUCACAUUCCACAGAUUUACUUGAAUAUGAUUUUUUUUUGGAAUAUUUUAUAAGCGUUAUUUUUUUUCUUGAUGAAAAUUAAUAUAAUUCUUUUCAUGACAUUUAAUAGGUACCUAAUUAUUUCACAAUGUGAUCUAAAAUUAAAUCAAUUUAAGAUUAUUAAUUUUUAAGCUAAUUCUGAAAAUUAAAGUAUUUUUUUAAUCUACUUAGAAUUAACUUGUUUUAUUUAAACUGUUAAUUUCUUUUUCUCAUCUUUCUCAAUUUGUAACAAUCCUUGAGAAUUUUAACGGCGUAAAUUAAAAAAAAAAUUAUUGAUAUACUUGAACAUUAGUAAUUGCUCUAAUAAUGCAAAUGUGGAGAAUUCGAGAUACCUGAUAUAAGAUGUACUUAAAAAUCUCCAACCUUAAUUUCAAUGUAAAAUUUUAACAAAUUUUUAAUCAAUUCUUAAAGGAUAUUUUGAUAAAUUUAAAAGGAUUGUUAUAUGUACAAUCUUUUAAUAUAUCUUUAAAUUGCCAAAUAAUUAAACAUCAUUGUGAAAAUGUCAAUCAGUUAAAGUGUAUUAUAAAACGUUAUCAUUUAGUUGCGAUAUAAAUUUAAUGUUCACAAAUCUAUUUUCACUUUCAUCUUUCAAUUCAAAAUUACUAAUUUAAUUUACAUCUUAAUUAAACGGUGAGUCAAUUAAAAAAUUUCUGACUAAAAUUAAGAUUGGGGAUUCUGAGACAAGUCUGCAUAUACACUUGUAUUCUACAUACCAGAUGUAUAUCUAAAUACAUAAAUUAAUAUAUAUAUACAUAUAUUGAUUGUCUUAGAAAUCAAUAUAUAUAAAACUUUCAAGGAAGAUAUAGCGAUUUGUGCUAAACAUUUUUUAUCAUUGCUUAUUUAUUCUGAAAUCGAAUAUCGUGUAACGAUAUAUCACAUUAUGUCAUAUUCCAUUUCUCGUUAUAUGAUCUGAUCUCGAAAAAUUUGGCAUACAUUACAUAAUUUUGAAAUAGGCUUCUAGGUUGUAUUUAUCGAGAUAUGUUGUCGAGAUGAAUACUGCAAGGCAGACAAAGAUCUUAUAGUCCAUUAAAUACCAAAGUUAUGUCGAUUCAUAAUAUGAUCAGUCUUUUGCAUAUUGAAAUAAAUAAAACUGUUAUUACGUAA